AUGGCUAGUGGUAGUGGUAGUGGUGCGGGUAGCAGUGGUCAGCUGCGGUUUGGGGACAAAAUUUUCAAGCAGCGUUUUAGGAUGUAUCAGAAUCUAUUUAUGCGUAUCGUGAACGCUUUAGAGCGUCAGUACAAGUAUUUCAGGUUCAGGGAGGAUGUGAGUGGUAGACCUGGUCACACGCCUAUACAGAAGUGCACUGCCGCAAUCAGGCAGUUGGCCUAUGGAGACGCGACCGACAUGUUCGACGAGUACCUCCACAUCAGCGAGACGACUGCCCGCCAAUGUCUCAAGUAUUUUUGUCAGGGCGUCAUUGAGAUAUUCAGUGAGAGGUAUCUUCGAAAGCCUACCCCCGAAGACUGCCAGACUCUGAUGGAUAUGCACGGGAAUCAGCACGGGCCAGAGAUGUUGGGUAGCAUAGAUUGUAUGCACUGGGAAUGGAAGAACUGCCUCACCGCUUGGAAAGGGCAGUGCACGACCGGCUUCAAAGGCAAGAAUCCCACGAUGAUCCUCGAAGCCAUAGCUGAUUACCGACUAUGGAUUUGGCAUGCAUGCCCAAUAGACGAAAAGAAGAUCUACUUUGCACAACGUCAAGAGGAGACGCGCAAGGAUGUGGAGCCGGCAUUUGGUGUGCUACAGGCUCGAUGGGCGGCAUUGAAUGGUCCAACACGCUUGUGGUAUCCUGACUGCAUUGCUGAUGUCAUGUACGCAUGUACUAUCAUGCACAACAUGAUUGUCGAAGAUGAGUCCAGAACUGACUGA